AUGUUUGAAUUCCUCACUGCUUCUAUUUCCAACUUCAACCCCAUCUAUGUCUUUAUGAUCAUCACUUUCAGCAUCACUUUCAUCAUCGCCACCACCGUCACCACUCAAGCAAGACCAUCAGAGUGGACAUCGUAUCCGCCGUUUAUCGACACAGCGGAGGAGUUGAACCGAACGAACGCAUCAGACAUAGAACGUGUCCAGCUCGAGGGGAACAUCGACUGGUCCCUAUGCUAUGGAGACGGGGGCCAGGGGCUGGCCACCGCCGCCACCGACGACGCUCCCAUCCCCCUCCCACACGUGAGGAGUGCCUGCGAGCCUGUCAUUAUUGUACUGUACAAACGCGGUCCCAACGAGUGCACGCCCUCGUUGGUUGACAACGCGCUCGAAGACGUUGUCGUCGCGCUGAUGCGGGCCGCAGCUGCCGGCGAGGCGGACGAGGCAGAGCGGUUGGCCGAGUACUACAAGGCAGAUCAUGCCGGCGACGCCCCGCACGCCUCGUACGUCUCGCCGGCGGCUGCGGCGCCAGAUGUGCAGCCCGAGGCAAGAAGGCGACCUCGCAAGAACUGCGGGACGGAGCCGUCACGAGUCUCGGAUCGUUCCAACAAAAGCGUCGCGUACGAGUGGCCAGGCUUCGAAGGCGUUUUCCAGUCGCACAGUGCAACACCGACCCACGUCAGCGAGGUCCUUAUUCCGAAGACGUAUGUCGCUACCAAAGCCUCCCCCUAG